UAGAUUUGAAAGAAAUAGUAGAGCUUCUAGCUAGUGGACAUUUUUCAGAAGAGACAUUGGCAUACUUGGAGUGUAAAAUCUCCGAUCACAGGUGCCUAUUAAAAGAGGUGUUUCCUGAUUUCCACCUCCUGCCCAAGCACCACUUCUUGGAACAUUAUCCCGAACUGAUUCGGAGAUUUGGUCCCCUGGUUGAUUUCUGGACCAUUAGAUUUGAAGCUAAGCACAGCUUUUUUAAAAGGGUGGUGCAUGAUUCUCACAAUUUCAGAAACAUCUUGCUCACUCUAUCAAAAAAACACCAGCUUACUUUAGCUUACCAUCUAGACUUGCCAAGUCUUUUCAGACCUGAUCUGGAGGUUGGACACACUACAGUUGUUUCACCUGAUGCACUCGAGCACUCCAUGAGGCGGGCUGUAGAGCUGAAAUAUGGAAACCUAAGUCGUGUGUCUCUUGCAACCCAUGCCUGCCUUUAUGGCACGAAGUAUUCAGAGGGUAUGUUUCUGUCCGUGGGGCACACCAGUGGCCUGCCUGACUUUGGGAAGCUGGUUAAAAUUCUAGUUGUGUCCAGCAAAGUGUCUUUCUUCAUAGAACCAUAUCAUGCAUGGUACAUGGAGCACCUGCGGAGUUAUGAGUUGAUGAAAAAACAGUCUUCUGAACUGGUGAUUGUGGAAUUACAUGAACUAAAUGGAUAUCAACCCCUGUAUCCAUACACAAAAGCAGGCAAACUGAUCGUGACAUCAAAAGUUUUUCUUCAUUAAGGGAAGUCGUGAGAGUUCCUCAAUUGCAAGAUGCUGUUGCGUGUGAUCAUUUCAGCACAGGACAUUAGAAAGCUCCGCUUGGACUCUGUUCCAGAUUCGGUUCACAGCCUGAAACUGGUGUUGAAAAACAAACUGCAGUUACGCUCUCCAUUUGACCUUCAAUAUGAAGAUGAGGAUUUCAAAGACUUCUGUAACCUCACGUGUGUUGACGAUCUACCGAAAGACAAGGUGACAUUGCAAGUCGUUUUCUGCCCUGUCUCUUCGGACUCAAGUUUGGACACUUUAAGCUCUGCUGUACCAUCAUCUCCGACAGCAUCCUCUUCAGCUCAUUCAUCAUCUCCGACGACGUCCUCUUCAUUGAGCAGCCAAACGGAGGGCUUUGCGGGUCAGCGUUCACAGCACUGGCCAACUCAUUUUCCCAUUCCCACCUUCUCAUAUGAUGUUGAGCUGAGGCUCAGGCAGGGCAAUGGUGCUUUUAAAGAAAGUGGAGCACUUCUAUCCAUUUCAAGGGACAUGAAGUCUGAGAUUCUGCUCAAACUUGCUGAAACAAUAUAUUCAUUCAUGACCUACCCUACACUUGAACAUUAUGGAUGUGUAGCCAAGGCACUUGUUGAAAAACACCCUUGCCUUACAGAACCUGGCUCCACAUCUGGAUGGUAUGGAUGGAAACACAGCAUAAAGUUUAAGAUGGGCAAUUACAGACAGAAAUUAAAAGCUGUGGGCUGCCGAGAACUGGAGGUUAAUUCUGAGAAAAGAGGUGCUGGGGACACGCGAGGGAAGAGAAACAAAGUCAAGAAACCUAGACGGUCUGAAACAAAUUUUCUUCCAGAUCUCCCCCAGGGAAGAGACAGCAGAAGUCUUGAAGAAGAUAGAGAAAAGAUGGUCCAGGAGAUGAGAAAAACAACCCCAAACCUAGCCUACAUCGAUAAUGCAAUGAAUGCCACAUAUGCACUGAGAAGACAGGAGAUCGUUGAAGAGGAGCCACCUGUGGCCGAAAUGAGAGUAAGAUGGCCUGCCCUUUUUACUGAAAGACAGAUCGUCAAGGAAUUCACCAGGCUCAUGUCAAUGGACAUCAAUAAGUUCUAUGAGGGUCUUGACAGCCAUCUGCAUAAACUUCUUCAGUUAUUCCGGUUGAAGCGCUUUGAGGAAGUUCAAGAAAUGACAUCCUUAAUGGAGAGUCUCGACAAGGAUGCAUCAAACCAAAGGAAGAGAGCAGCAGCUUUGCAGGGACUGCCAUGGUACAUGAAGGAAAAUCCUUCUACAUUGAUGAAGAGAUGUGAGCCAACAGAUCCUGGGGAGGACGUCAUCAAGGGAAUGGUGAUUGGAAUCCUCUUGGUCGUUGAAGAUGUGAAGGAGCCCCUUCCAGUUUCCUACAACGAUGUUGCCAUCGUCAUCGAGGAAAAGAUUGUCAUGCGUCAUCUCGGUGAUGUACCCAACGCUUUUGUGAACCUGAUGGGCCUGCUGUACAUGCUGAACCUUGACUAUCCAAAAGACAUUAAAUAUACUUUUGAGGUGAUUCAGCGCCUGUUCAUGGGAAUCGAGUCUGAGAUCUGCACUCCCAGAGUCCGCUCUCUAAAGAAUAAACUGCUACGCUAGAGGGAUGGCUCAGGAGGAUGUUUCUGCAUUUGGCCCUGAGGAAGUGUUUUUUUUUGCCAUUUGUUCACUAUGUAGUAAGAGGAAAAGAAAUGUAAAGUCCUUCUGUGGGUCACAAGUUUUUUAUGUUUUCAUGUUCUAACCGAUCUCUAUUGCUCUGUGGAGGAAAUGUCUCUUCCAGACACUAAUGCAGACGUUAAUGUUGUAGACCAAACAUGAACAGAGUGGAGAUUUCAGUAAUGUUUGAACGUGUUCAUUUUCUGGCUGACACUUGAGCAAGUUUCUCAGAGAGAGAUUCCUAUUUUGUAUGUAUAUCUUGCUGCAUUUUACUGAACAUUCCCUUAGAAUGGAUCAAGAUGUAGAUGUUGAUAAAGUCAUUUAGAGAGUUUGGUUUUUUUCCCCUCAAAGAAAGGAUGCUCUUUAUUUUAAUUUUGUUCUUACAAGUGGGACACAGUGUAACUUCAGUUUUUGACCAGCCCUGAAAGAGUUCUCGUUUUUUACACCGUUUAGUAAGCGAUGAAAUCGAUUGCCCUUCUGUGGGUCACCCCACCUUGUUUUCAUGUACUGACUUAUUUCAAAAGUAUUAAUCCAUGUGAUGUUACAGAGAAAUUGUCAAGAGUGGACAUUUCAGUAAUGUUUGAAUGUUUUCAUUUUCAGCAAGUUUCUGAGAUUUGUUUUGGUUUUUUAUGAAUCUUUUUGCAAUUUACUGCAGCAACUCUGAAGAUUAAAGUGAUGGUUCGGAGUAAUUUCAUCCUAGGGUCCUUUGCACCAUGACCGCGA